CCAACCGAAUAGGUGUGUGCUCAGUUCAGCGCUAGAGAUUUAUACAAAGUGAUACGCAUACCUCAGUUGAGUGAAAUAUGGUGAAGAAGGAAGAACACAUUUCAUUAACCAUGACUUCGACACCGCUCAAACAUUCGUUCUCGAUCAGCUCGCUGAUUCCGGAAAGUGUACAAGAUGACAUCCGUGUUGAUAUACCAUCACCUGUCUCCGACCUUAGCUGCGAUAGUGACUUGGAUGUCACCUCUUCAACACCACCAUUGGACUGCAGCAAAAGUUCCGAUGAUGAAAAGUCUGAAGAUAAAGAUAAAAAAUCCAAAGAGAAGCCACCAUACAGUUACAACGCUUUGAUCAUGAUGGCAAUCCGCAACAGUCCCGAAAAACGACUCACCCUCAACGGCAUCUACGAAUACAUCAUGAGGAACUUCCCAUACUACAGAGAAAACAAACAGGGAUGGCAGAACUCCAUCCGCCACAAUCUAAGUUUGAACAAGUGCUUCGUCAAAGUGCCACGCCAUUACGACGACCCCGGAAAGGGUAACUACUGGAUGUUGGACCAAAGCGCUGAUGAUGUCUUCAUCGGAGGUACAACUGGUAAACUCCGCCGUCGCACCACAGCCGCUUCACGAUCUCGUCUUGCUGCUUUCAAACGUUCUAUGCUUGGAGUACAACCAUCACCAUACGCACCACCACCAACAGCAUUCCCAGGAUACAAUCCAGCUUUGAUGGGUCUCUAUCACAACCCAGCUCUAUUGGCGUCUAUGUACCAAAGGUACAACCCCUACAUGCUGCCAAAACCACAAAUGUUUCCUGGAUUUGCACCUUCGAUUGAACAACGUCUUCAACCUACCAUGGAAGGCAUCCACAUGAUGAGAUCACCUUAUGAAUUGUAUCCAGGUUUGAGAAUUCCUCAACCUAUGAGUAUGCCAAUGCAGUUCAGCCCACAACCCGUUGCGUUAUCACCGAGCAGUUGCAGUAGUAGUCCUGAACCAAGACCAACUCCUGAAUUGUUUAAACCGCUGAGUGUUAUCACAAGGCAAUAAGAAAAACAAUGGUCUUUCAGGCUUGAAUACUAUACUAUACCAAAAUGUGAUCUCGACAAAUCUAGUACUGCAAUUUAAUUUAUAUCUGUAAAUAUUGUGUAUAUAAAAUGUUUUAUGUAAAUUUGUAUAAAAAAGAUUAUUUAUAUUGACUGAUGAAAGACAAAGAAUAUUAAAUAUAUUAAGUUCCAUGGUGUUCCAUAAUGGACAUUAUGAUUAUUAAAAAUAAUAA